AUGGCGGACCGGGUUCAUCGCGUCACCAUGUUCAAGAUCGCGGACGAGGGGCAGAGGAAGAGGUUGAUUGAGCAGUACAAGGUGCUGGGCAGCUCGCAGAAGAAGGACGGAAAGCCCUACAUCCUCUCCAUGGUCGUCGGCCCCGCCAUCGACGACCCCCGCAGCCAGGGCUUCACCAUCGUCGCCAAGACCGAGUUCGCCUCCCUCGAGGACAUGAAGUACUACGACGACGAGUGCGCCGCCCACGGCGCCCUCAAGUCCUUCGUCAAAGAGAAUCUCGAUGUGGGCGGCGUCAUGUCGGUGUACUUCAAGCCGGAGGCCAUUGCGUCGCUGUGA